UGUUGACACUAUGUCGAUGGUUAACACCCGAGUGUAAGGGAUGGGUGAGAGGUGAAGAGUUUAGAGGUUGCAUUUUAUUAGGUCUGCUGCGAAAUCGUUGCGUUUCAAUGCUAAACAAUGUUUAGGUUCAGUGGUCAUAAAUUAAUUCUGUCGGAAUAAGAUUUUUUUUUAUAUUCUCGCGUAGCUCUUUGAGCAAGCAGCGAAGCUCAGCUGCUAAUCGAUAAGCUUCGCGUGCUAGCUAAUGUAGCAUGCAGCUAGCAUGGUCGUUACUAUGACACAAACAAGUGUUUUGACUUAGCGUGACUUGCGCAGUUGAUUCUAAUUUGGACUGUGGAGGACAAAUAUAUAACCACAAAAAAUGGCUGUAUCGGUGCGAGGCCUGUACUUCAUUACCACGCUGUUUUUGGGUAGUUUCUUUGGAAGCAUCUUCAUGCUGGGUCCAGUUUUGCCGCUCAUGCUGUUCUCUCCUGCUUGGUACCGCUGGAUCACUGAUCGGAUCAUCGCUACCUGGUUCACCCUUCCUGUGUCUUUGCUAGAGCUGGUGUUUGGGGUAAAGGUAGUAAUUACAGGAGACGGCUUUAUUCCGGGGGAGCGAAGUGUGAUCAUCAUGAACCACCGCACCCGCCUGGACUGGAUGUUUCUUUGGUGUUGUCUGCUCCGGUACAGCUACCUUCGUCUGGAAAAGAUCUGCCUCAAGGCCACACUCAAGAUCGUUCCUGGUUUCGGCUGGGCAAUGCAGGUGGCCUGCUUUGUCUUCAUCCACCGUCGCUGGGAGGUGGACAAGAAACAUUUAGCAAACAUGCUGGACUACUUCUGUGACAUCAGGGAGCCUCUGCAGCUGUUGCUGUUCCCAGAGGGCACCGACCUCACUGAGAACACAAGAGCAAAGAGUGAUGUAUAUGCUGUACAGAACAACCUGCCAAAGGUGGAAUAUGUGCUUCAUCCGCGCACCACCGGAUUCACCUUCAUUGUGGAGAGACUCCGAAAAGGUGAUAACCUGGACGCUGUCCAUGACAUUACGGUGGCGUACCCCAAGAACAUCCCUCAGACAGAACAUCACCUCAUAAUGGGUCAAUUCCCUCGUGAGAUCCACUUUCACGUCCGCCGCUAUCCAGUCUCUUCACUCCCCGCCUCGUCCUCUGAGCUGGAGUCUUGGUGUCAAGAGCGAUGGGCUGAGAAGGAGGUCCGUCUGCGGGAUUUCUACUCGAGCCAACCCCGAGGCUUCGACAGGGACGGCGUUGCGCUCGUGCCGCCUUGUAAAUCCGAGCUGCGUGUCGCUCUGAUCAAAGCUGCCUCACUGCUGUACUGGAGCAGCUUUGUGGCUUUUUGUUUCACCGGCUUGUGGCUCUGGGCCCCUUUCAGGCUCUACGCUCUAGUCAUGAUAGGAGUUUACACGGCCCUGCAUAAGCUGUUUGGUGGGCUGGAACUGGUGGAGCUGGCUUGCCAUCGAUAUUGGAAGUCCACACACUCAGAUGUGGCUGAGAACCAAAAGAGGUUAGAUGGAAAAGCACAGUAGUGUAACUAAACUACAUGUUUCCACUUUAUAACCAGAAAGGACUCUAAACAGAUCCGUUGUGUUCAGUCCAGAGGGCUAUAGGGGUCCGUUCUGAGAAACAGGAGGCAUGCAUGGCUUACCUUUUCUGUAACGGAGUAUGUUUCCUUGCUGGGUUCAAGGACUACAUGUUCAACUUGACCUUUGUAUGUCUCUACUCGCACAAGUUACUCAACUCGAUCAGAUUUGACCCGUUUUAGUUUUAGCAUUGAUCAUGUUGAAGUUUUCCCCAUCAUCAAAAAAAGCUGUUAUUUUGUCUCGUCUUUGUAACAGUUUUUUUUUUAGUAAAUGCAGCGUUGCCAUUUUUUUAACCAUCAUAAACAGAGCAGAUCCAUUUUACCGCCGACCAGCUGUACGUGCGACAUACCCAGUGGACGUUUAGAUCAGUCAUGUUAUGCUAGCUUAAAGAAAGACAUUUCAGGAGUAAACAGGCACUUGUGUAUAAUUGUUUACCUUUGAUUAGGCAUCAUUCGGUGUCUUGUGUUUGCAGUUGGUUCUACAAGUUACCAUGUUGUUUUAUUACUGUUUCUGCACAAACCAAAGUUGAGAAAAAGGGUAGCCAAGCGGAACAUCAUCUUUUUUUUUUUUGUGAGGGAGGGUUAUCUUCCUACGCUACUGGCAAGGCUGCCAGUAAGACUUUUAUUAAAUCAAAUUCCUAAACGGAAUCAUGUGUCUGAGUAAAAGCAGAUGAGAUUUAUGCCCUUUCUGGGAAUGAAGAGAUGCCUUGUGGAGGCAGGUUGGUGCUGAUGAGGUGGAAGAAUGUCCUGUUGAGGCAACAUUACCCCUCGGUGUGCAGGGUGGCACAGAGAGCCAGACUUGGAGUGGAAAACCGGCCCUGAAGUUGACCUAAUCCCAAAAAGCCCCAUAAUGCCCACCUCUCCGUGUCCCUGUCUCCACUGCAGGCAUCGAUGUGCCUGCUAAACUCAAUUAGCGAGCAACAGCUGAGAAAGCUUCUCCAGCCAUGCCAAAAAAGGACAGAAAUUAAAGUAGUUUGGAGCAGCUCUUCAACUCCACCCCUUUCAUAUUUUGCAUUUUAUUACAGGUCCCAUGAAUUCAGUAGGAAAGGUGCGGUUGUGUCUUAGUAAAGGAGUUUUUGUGCAAUGUUCUGACACAGCUGGUUACUUCAGUCCGCAACACAGCAGAAAGAAAAAGGUUCAUCCCAGCCACUGUGAUGCAGCUUUAAUCAUUUCACUAAAGGCAUGUAGACGUUUACAUGGUUAUAUAUUUGUAACGAUCUUUGUGUUUUUAUUUUAGUUUACUGCAGAUCCUCGACUUCUCUGAAGUCGCUGUCCUCAGGAAACGACGUGGACAAUGUUUAAAGGCACUCUCUUAAAUAAACAUAUAUACCCCGAAGCAGC